CACGGCCACCCCACGAUUAGAGCCCCACCAGCUCCCAGACCCUGGAUUCCUUCUCCGGUGGUUCCUUAUCCUAUGCCUUCGCCGUAUCGCUCUUCUGGGAAAGGUUGGGCGGAGAGCCCAGGUGGGACGUGAGCAGGGGCGGGCCCUCUCAGAAGGCUCGGAAGUCCCCUGGCCCUCGUCUUCUGCGCCUGGCCCGGAGCCAGGGAAAACUUCUCGGAACGCGCGAGGGCCCCGCCGCCUUCUGCGAGGGCCUCCCCUCUCGCACUUCCGCCCCUCGCCCGCCGCCGGAAGGUGGUCGGGUUGCCAGGCCCUGGUCCUGAACACGGGCAGCUCGAGCAUCAAGUACGGCCGCGCCCGCGCAUGACGUCGUCGGCCCGGGCGACGCGCGCCUGGCGUGCCGGGGCCUCGUCGAGGGCGUCGGGCUGCCCCCCGGCGGCGGCGCGCACCGGCACCAGGCGGAGGGCGCGCCGGAGCAGAGGCACCAGGUGGACGUUGCCGACCACGGCGCUGGACUGCAGCGCAUCUUCGACCUGCUGCCCCAGGAGACCCUCGACAGCAUCAGGGUCGUGGGCCACCGGGUGGUGAACGGCGGCGCGAGCUUCACCGCCCCCGCCGUCAUCGACGACGAGGUCGAGAGCGCGAUCCGGGCGUCCCUGCCCCUCGCGCCGCUGCACAACCCCGCCAACCUCUCCGGCAUCCAGGCCGCGCGGGCCGUCUGGGGGGAGGUGCCGCACGUGGCGGUCUUCGACACCAGCUUCCACGCUGCCAUGCCGGCCGAGUCGUUCCUGUACGCCGUGCCGAAGGAGUGGUACGAGAAGUACGGCGUCCGCCGCUACGGCUUCCACGGGACCUCCUACAGCUACGUCCUGGGGCGCGUGGCGUCGGAGCUGCAGAGGCCGGCGUCGAGCCUCAACCUCAUCGUCUGCCACAUCGGCAGCGGGGCCAGCAUGGUGUGCAUCAAGGGAGGGAAGUUUAUGUCUCUGCUGCCUUUUCUUCCUCCAACCGUGGGCUUCACGCCGCUGGACGGCCUGGUCAUGGGCACCAGGAGCGGAGACGUGGACGCGGGCGUCUUCGGCCACCUGACCAAAGCGGCGGGCCUGUCCGUCGGCGAGGUCGACUCCGCGCUCAACAAGAAGAGCGGCCUGUACGGCCUGUGCGGCUUCUCGGACAUGCGCGCCGUGCAGGAGCGCGCCGACGGCGGCGACGCGGACGCUGCACUCGCCGAGCGGAUCUUCGUGGAGCGCGUGCGGAAGUACCUCGGGGCCUACCUGGUCAGGCUCCGCAACAACGUGGACGCCAUCGUCUUCACCGCAGGGGUGGGCGAGAACAGCGCGCGCUUCCGCGCCCUCGCGUGCGAGGGCCUGGAGGAGUUCGGCAUCAAAAUCGCGCCCGGGAAGAACCUCGCGGCGAAGGGCGUGGCCCGGAUCGAGGACGCCUUCUCGCGGACGAAGGUCAUGGUGGUCCCGACGGACGAGGAGGGCAGCAUCGCCAUCCAGGCCAUCGACCUCGUGGGCGUCCUGCCCGAGCCGGCGCAGGAGGUGCCGGCGGCCCUGCCGGGGCGCCGCAGGAGGCCGAAGCACGACCUGCUGGUGGUCGGGGAGAGCUCCCACAGCGGAUGGGCCCAUGUUCCGCCACCGCCACCAAGCUGGAAGGGGGAAGGAGGUGGAGGACGAGGAGGAGGAUGA